AACUCUACAAGAAACAAAGGGAUAAACAAAGCCAAAUGGGAAGCAGGAUCAUGGUUUGAACUCUUUCUGGGCAGAGAACAAUACCUGGUAUGGACUAGAUACUGGGAGAGGGAAAGGAAAAGUAGGGUGAAUUAUGGAAGGAAGCUGGCAGGCUCAGCGUUUCUGUCUUGGCAUGACCAGUCUCUCUUCAUUCUCUUCCUAGAUGUAGGGCUUGGUGCCAGAGCCCUGAGGCUUUCUGCAUGAAUAUAAAUAAAUGAAACUGAGUGAUGCUUCCAUUUCAGGUUCUUGGGGGCAGCCAAAAUGAGGUUCUUUGUCCCUCUGUUCCUGGUGGGCAUCCUGUUCCCUGCCAUCCCGGCCAAGCAAUUUACAAAAUGUGAGCUGUCCCAGCUGCUGAAAGACAUAGAUGGUUAUGGAGGCAUUGCUUUACCUGAAUUGAUCUGUACCAUAUUUCACACCAGUGGUUAUGACACACAAGCCAUAGUUGAAAACAGUGAAAGCACGGAAUAUGGACUCUUCCAGAUCAGUAAUAAGCUUUGGUGCAAGAGCAGCCAGGUCCCUCAGUCAAGGAACAUCUGUGACAUCUCCUGUGACAAGUUCCUGGAUGAUGACAUUACUGAUGACAUAAUGUGUGCCAAGAAGAUCCUGGAUAUUAAAGGAAUUGACUACUGGUUGGCCCAUAAAGCCCUCUGCACUGAGAAGCUGGAACAGUGGCUUUGUGAGAAGUUGUGAGCGUCUGCUGUCCUUGGCACCCCUGCCCACUCCACACUCCUGGAAUACCUCUUCCCUAAUGCCACCUCAGUUUGCUUCUUUCUGUUCCCCCAAAGCUUAUCUGUCUCUGAGCCUUGGGCCCUGUAAUGACAUCACCGAACUCUUGAGGACUAUUUUCCAGGGAUGCUUGAGUGGUGCACUGAGCUCUAGACCCUUGCUCAGUGCUCCCGAUGGCACUUUCACUACAGCACAGAUUUCACCUCUGUCUUGAAUAAAGGUCCCACUUUGAAGUCA